AUGGAUUUAUCGGAUGAUGAAGACCUCCUUAUGAUAGAAGAAGAGGAGGAGGAUGAGAGUCAAAAAGAGGAAGUCGACUCGGUUAUUGUUGAAGACAUCCGACGCCGACUGUUCGACGUGUUUAAAAUGUUCGAUGAGGAUUGUGACGGGUUGAUUGAGACAGACGACGUUGGUCAUGUUCUCCGAAGUUUCGGACUCAAUCCGAGCCAAACCGAACUGCAACUAGUCUCCGAACAAACAGCGAAGAAAUCUGGGCGUGUCUCAUUUGAAGACUUAUUGCCACGUGUCGUUUCAGCCAUCCAGAACGAGGAGUGGAAGGAUGAUACACCGAAACAAAUCCAUGCGGCAUUUCAAGUCAUCACCUCGAAUAAUUACGUACAAAAAGACACACUUUUGCAACUUUUAACGUCGAUUGGGGAGCCGUUGACUCCGCAAGAAGUGAAACAAUUCUUGAAUCAUGUUAGUAUUCGAGCCAAUGGAGAUAUUGAUUGGGUGGCCUAUGUCAAGGACACUUGUGAGAUGAUCGCGUCGAGGGAUUGA